CCGGCUCCCCACCCGCAGCCGCCACCACCACCUCCGGCCGCUCGUGGGCGAGACCAAGUGCGAGGGGUGAGGAGGGCAAAGGCGGCGCGUGCGCAGGGCGGCGACGGGCCCGUGGUCGCCCCUCCUACAGCUCUGCCAUUGGUCCGACCCGCAGCGAGGGGGCGGUGCCGGCCGUGAAAAGCCGCCUUUGAGUGGAAGGCGGGAAAAUGGCGGAUUCCUCAGAGCGCGCCGCAGGGAAGCCUGCCUCGGCCGGUCCCAGCACUUCCAGUGGAGCCAGGAGGAAGGAGAGAAGAGUUCUAGGUGGAAAAGUGGUUGAGUCCCGCUACUUGGACUACGAGAAGAAAACAACCAGAAAGCAGGCUCCUGAAACAGAUGCCCUGAAGACCGGCGGGAGGAUACCUGGAGGUGGGAAGAAACCCAGCCAGCUCCAGAAAAGCAAAGGUGCGAAGCAGCCCUGACCCUCGGUCCGUGGCGAGCGCGGUGGCAAAGUGUAUCUCCACGUGUGCCAAGUUAAAGCUCCCUCCUUCCUUCCUGGGAAGGCUCAGGGCCGCUGUCAAGAGUCUGCGCGCAAGGACAGGUGGGGCACGUGGGGGCUGAGCGAUGGCUGGGAAGUGGGGGGUCACUGCCCCCCUGUGUGGUCCCAGAGAAGAGCCACGUUGCCACCGUGGCACUCCCUUGUGGCAUCAGCUCCCUGUCUGCGUGACAGUCCCCACUGGCACUGUGAGAGCAGCACUCUCGGAGAGGAUGUGAGGCCUCAUCCUCCCCUCACCACCCUGGGUCGCCUUCCCUGUCCCCUGUGCCAGCAGCUGGGUGGUCUGUCCUCACCCCUCCUCCUAGAAGCUGCCACCAGAGUGAUGUGAAAA